AUGUCAGACAACAGGGAUAGGAAGUUGACGGUACCGAAGUUCUCAUCUUUCAAACCGAAGACCGCAACUCCUGCAUCCAUAGCACAGCCUUUAGUUGAUGAAACUUCCCAUGACCAGAAAAAUGGAGCAGAUGAGGUUACCAAAGAGAGGCGACUACGACAUGAAUCUCGACAUCGUGGCGAUCAUGGAAAGCACCGUUCAGAGCAUCGCCAUCGUGAUCGAAAGCGCAGCAAUAGCGAAGAACGAUUAGAUGCUGCUCAAACUCGGACUGCAACCAAAAGUCUGAACAACAGAGCCGGAGAUAAUGUUUUCUUCUUUAUUGAUAAAAAAGGUGACCCUUUGAUCAGGAGGUACGGUGGUAAUGAUCGUGGCCGUGUUCCGUUAUACCGCCGUGGGGGUCGAGGGCGAGUUCUUGGCUCAGAUGGGUACCUUUACAUCCACAGAGACGGCCCCCAGGAAAAGUUCAGCAUUCGACAGCCGGGUGAAAGUAGUUCAACUUGGCGAGAUAGGGCAUUGUUUCAACCCAAGGUGCAUCGAGUUAAGACAAAACGCAUACGGGUCCGGAACGAAAUUCGGGAUGAGGCUCACAGCGUGGAAGAAGAUUUCGUACCGCUAGGCGGCUCAUCUAAGCGGCGCCGUGACGAAGAACCAGAGGCUUCUGAGAACGAGGAACCUUCAUACAGAUCAAUCGAGGGCAAGGCCAAAGCUCAUGAGUUCUCUGACAGCGAUAUCGACUAUGACACUGAUCAGGAUGAUGCUUUGAACUUGGAUACAGACGAUCCCUUGAAGCAACGGUCAAUUCAACUGUCCCGUCGGGUUAAGGAGCACCCUGAAGACAUAGCAGGCUGGCUUGAGCUUAUUGCACACCAAGAUGUCUUGUUGAACGCUGGAGAAACCCUAGAUCGCGAAGUGACCAAGGGCGAGGUACACAGUUUUGCAGAGAUAAAAAUUUCAAUGUACGAGUCUGCACUUGCCCAGGCAAGGAAGUCCGAAUAUGAGGAACGGCUUCUCGUUGGCUUGAUGCUUGAAGGCGCCAAAGUGUGGUCUGCUUCGAAGCUCGAAACCCGGUGGGAGGAAGUGGAGAGGAAGCAUGAAUCAAGCUUUUGCCUUUGGAAAGCGAGAGUUGAUCAUAAACUCACAAGCUUGGCGACAUUCCAGUUCAACAACAUCAAAUCGUUACACGUUGCUCGGUUACGAGCCAUUGCGAAGCAAGAAUCUGUCUCAACCUCUCCUGGGCCAGGCUAUAACACGAAUACCGCUGAAAUUUCGCGAUAUGAACAAAUGAUUUACGUGUUUCUCAGGGCCACGAAAUUUAUGUACGACUCGGGCUAUCGUGAGUUGGCCGUGGCAGCAUGGCAGGCGCUUCUGGAACUCAACUUAGAGCGCCCAGCGAGUUAUGGAGCACUGCCGGAUUCAGAGAUCCUCGACUCAUUCAAGGACUUCUGGGAAGACGAAGGACCAAGAAUAGGCGAUAAGCACGCUCCUGGCUGGAGCCAGUUUGUCCAGGCAGACGGAAUAAGUGACCCACCCGAAACGCAAAAAGAUGACGAUAACAUCGUUCAAUCACGGGAUUUAUAUAAGUCCUGGGGUGCAACAGAAAGGCUUCGAGCCACAGCUUCACGAAAUCCAGCGAGAGCUACGGAUGAUGUGUCAGAGGACGAUCCGUACCGUGUCGUCAUGUUUUCGGAUAUUGAGGAGUUACUCUUUGUUGUACCAGCUGACACCAUCUCUAAGAUUUGGAAACAACUUGUAGAUGGAUUUUUACUUUUCUGCUGUCUGCCUCCUGCAUUUCGGACGAGCGAAUGGAUCAAAGCUGCGGAAGAUGACCCUCUGCUUAUAGGCGGCUUGAGCUUGUUCGAGGGCGACGUGCUUCACAAACCGAAUGAGCCUGAUGUUAUGGAUGAGACAAAGAAAAUUCCAUCAUUCAAACAGGAUGGAUUGCGGGUCGCUGCCUCGGCUGACCUUUUGUUUGCUACCUCUGAAUGGUUUCCAUUUAUCUCAGGCUGGGUUUGUACAUCUAAGUCUGCAGAUGGCCCAGUGGAUUUAGCGUGGGUUGCGAAUAGUCUCCGGCAACUAACAACCGUCAGCAACCUUAAGGAGCUAGCAGAAUACUCGCUGGCGGUUGAUAUGGUUAACGAACCUAGCAACAUCAAAAAGCGCGCUAGGGCCCUCAUCAAACAUGAUCCUACCAACCUAGGGCUUUAUAAUGCAUACGCUUUAGCUGAGUCUGCCAAAGGUAACCUUGAUGUUGGGCGUCAGGUCAUCUUAUCAGCAAGUGGUCUUCCCUCCCAGCCUCCGGGCUGCGGCCGGAAAUUUCUGUUGUGGAAGACAUGGGCAUGGGCGGAGCUAGAUGCCGGGAACAAGACGCAAGCUGUCGUGCCCUUAUGUGCAACAGUCGAAGAGUCUUUAAGAAAGACGCCGGACGCGAUAGCUGUGACGCCUAUGCAAAUCCUGAAGGCUCGCCAGACGUUGCUGGAUACCCUCGAGGGGCAACUCUCAAUGCGGGAACUAGAUGACGCCGCUAUCAGCACUGAAUGUUUGGCACUUCUCGUGUAUCUUACCACCCAAGAAGCUUCCGAACCCACAUCUGAGGCUCAGGGAAGCAUCUCAAUGGCGAUGGAAAGAGUGUGGACAGUUUCCUCGGAACUGUGCGCUCAAGGUCAGGCAACGUCCCAAACUCAUGAGAGGUUAUUACAAGCUGGUGCGAGGCUCCUUUAUCACCAUGCCAGCCGGGGACCUUUCCGGCGCGCCUAUCUGAGAGAGCAGCUCGCGCAAUGCAUAAAGCUAUUUCCACACAAUACUAUUUUCCUUACUCUGUUCUCUUGGGCAACGACCACGUUUGGAAUUGACGAUCCAGUUCGUGAAAUUCUUCGUGAAGUCUCACUCACGAGCAACAACGACUCCGUUAGCAGCCGUAUGUUUGCGAUACGGUACGAGCUACGAAAAGGAAAUGUUCACUCCACGCAUGCGGCAUUUGAGCGGGCACUCGACAGCCCUGCUUGCAAGUCAAAUCCAGAACUCUGGCGUUGCUACAUAAAAUUCAGUUACGCAAGAAAACAGUUUCGAUCCAAGGCCAAGGAGGUCUUCUUUCGAGGUUUGCGGCACUGUCCUUGGUCGAAAGACCUGGCUCUUGAAGCAUACACAACGCUCGUCAAUAUAAUGGACGAGUUUGAACUCAAGUCGGUCUUCAACACAAUGGCUUCCAAGGGACUGCGCAUACAUGUCGACUUGGACGAGUUCGCAGCCAAGCAUGAGAAAAGUAGGGCUAAGCAUCGCUAG